UUACUGCUGAAAUGACUGUCAACAACUCAGUUUCCCAUCAACCCUUGCGAGCUUACGUCGUUGUACGUCACCUACCCAGUCCCCCCACCAUCAUCGUUCUACAGAGGAAGAAAGGGGGAGACGGGCAGCCUAUACAGAACGCCUUUACACAAAUAUGAGCGGCAGCGGGCGGGCCAGGACCAGCUCAUUCGCUGAGCCUCCCGGAGCUCCCGGAUCUGCUGCAGCCGGCGCCGGAUCAGCAGUGGCCGGUGGAAGCUCGACAGGAAAAACUGGGGCUGCACAAGCCACUGGAAGCACCUCGACGAGCUUUGGGAAUUUGAAACUGCCCAGGGACAGCGGCAAAGUGACGACAGUGGUAGCCACGCCCGGUCAGGGUCCAGAUCGCCCACAGGAAGUGUCCUACACGGACAUAAAGGUUAUAGGAAAUGGCUCCUUCGGGGUUGUGUACCAGGCCCGUCUCAUUGAUAGCCAGGAGAUGGUGGCAAUUAAGAAAGUUCUCCAAGACAAGAGGUUUAAGAAUAGGGAGCUGCAAAUUAUGAGGAAAUUGGACCACUGCAAUAUUGUGAGGCUACGUUACUUCUUCUACUCCAGUGGCGAGAAGAAAGAUGAAGUGUAUUUGAAUCUGGUGCUGGACUUUGUCCCCGAGACAGUGUACAGGGUGGCUCGGCACUUUAACAAGGCCAAGACUACCAUCCCCAUCAUCUAUGUUAAGGUGUACAUGUACCAGCUGUUCCGCAGUCUGGCUUAUAUCCAUUCCCAGGGCGUGUGUCACAGAGACAUUAAGCCUCAGAACCUCCUGGUGGACCCAGAGACAGCCAUCCUCAAACUCUGUGACUUUGGCAGUGCUAAGCAGCUUGUUCGCGGGGAGCCGAAUGUGUCCUAUAUCUGCUCACGGUACUAUCGUGCCCCAGAGCUCAUCUUUGGUGCCACCGACUACACGUCCAACAUUGACAUCUGGUCAGCGGGCUGUGUGCUGGCCGAGCUGCUGCUGGGUCAGCCCAUCUUCCCCGGAGACAGUGGUGUGGACCAGCUAGUAGAGAUCAUCAAGGUUCUGGGGACACCGACACGAGAGCAGAUUCGGGAGAUGAACCCCAACUACACAGAGUUCAAGUUCCCACAGAUUAAAGCACACCCUUGGACAAAGGUGUUUAAGCCUCGUACCCCACCAGAGGCCAUUGCCCUCUGCUCUCGACUGCUGGAAUACACGCCGGUGACCAGACUCUCUCCUCUGGAGGCAUGUGCACACGCCUUCUUCGAUGAGCUGCGCCAGCCUAACACCCGCCUGCCCAGCGGACGAGAACUGCCGCUCCUCUUCAAUUUCAGUCCUGUUGAGCUGUCUAUCCAACCCCAGUUAAACUCCACACUCAUUCCUCCUCACGCUCGUGCACAGACAUCACCUGCCUCACAUGAGGGCAGUGUGUCAGACAGUACUGCUCAGCCCAGCUCAGCACCUGGAUCCAUCAACAACAGCACCUGAGCAUCCAUUCAUCCUUUCUUUUCUUUUUUCAUCUUCCCCGUUUUCCUUUAUCCCUUCUGCUCUUCUCUCUCAACCUUCGUCCUGGCUCCAAACCCUUAAAAUAAGAGAAAAAAAAGCCUCUACACACCCACAUCUACACUCAGCAUUGCUAUGUACUCUGAAUGUUAACCAACCGAUUUCCGUGGCUGCUAGCUUCAGGAGGAUGUGGUUUGUUUUAAGGACAUUAAUGUAGCCAUGGUUGGGCUCAAUAUACGCUGCAUUUCUGUGUUCAGGUUGGCCCAUGUCUGCUCGAUUAGAAUAAAGAAAUGCUACAUUGCUUGGGUAGGAUGUUUGGGAGAUGAGGAGGGGGGUUGUACAUGUCGUGUGGAUUUUCUGCAUUAUUAUUGACCGUUGACUUUUAUCCCUAUUCUGUGCUUUUUAUUUGUACGAGCUCAUUUUAAUGUGUGGCUGUGGUGCCACUGAAUGGAGUUAAAGUGAGGCCUGUAUGUAAGGCCUGAUUCACAUUGACAAUCAUCUUAGUAGGGUCAAAAAUGGCAGACUCGUUCUGUACAUGGUGUUUGAUUGUACGUCCCACUCUGUAGACCCGUUGCUUUUCUGUCUUUUUCUACCCUGAACUCUGCUCAAGUGUUGUCAGUUCACUCAGCCCAGUGGUGAACAACAUCUUUUUUUUCUUUUUUUAUCUCCCUGACAGAACAGAUUGGCAAAUAUUUUGACCAUGUCAUUUUAGAUAACAGAUGGUUUUAAAUUUUAUUGCAAAGCGGGGCACUGCAGCCUGUCUUACCGUUUCUUUUUGAAUACUAGCUCCUCAGCUGCCUUUUUAUGAGUGAGAGGGAGCUUUGUGUGAGCAGAGUGCACCUCUUCAGUUUCUUUGGUAUAAGCUCACGUUGUCUUAUGUUAAGCUGGAAACCAAGCAUGUCAUGUUGAUUCUCAAAUACGUAUUGCACAUCUCCAAAAGGAGGAGUAGUGGAGGAGUAAAAGGGUGGGGGAGCUCUGUGAACAUAAUGUCAUACAGAUGGAGCCGAUGGUCGUGGCGCUCCAUUUCCAUCCACGAGAGAAUUCUCAAAACGUCAGAAACAGAUGCCGGACACUGUAGGGUGAAUUGUCGCCUCAUUAAUUACGUCACUUCUACGUGUUCCGUUUCAUAUCAGUUAGAGAAUGUUGAACAGUGACAUCAGGUGUAGAGGAAGGCCUGUGAGUGUACACAUGUAUGGUUCGUGCAGGAGGAGAACUUCUCUGCUCGUUCCCAAACAGCCCACCUGCGACAACCUCACGUCGUCCUCUUCUCGUUUAGUCACGCAGCCUAAUGGUCCACCGUCUGCACGGACUGUUUUCCUUUUCUUUCUUCACGCAAAUGUGCAUGUUCAGCCCAGGUUGACCACAAUAUAUUACAUCCAAUAAUAAUCUGACCAGAAAUUAUGCUGAAACCCAAAAGCUUUUGGAGCCCUCCCCCACCCACCCCAUUUCCUCUUCACGCCCGUCCCUCUGCCCUCUGCUUCCAUCUUUCUUCCUCCUUUUUUUUCCACAGCUAAACUGUAAAUAUCAAGUACCUUUUAUUUUAUUUUGUUAUUUUUUUUGUUAUUGUUAUUAUAUUGUUCUUGUAAUUUUUUUUUUCGCCAGUAGACCGGUGCAGCAGCAGCAGCCGGACUAUUUAUCCUCAGUCGCAGUCUGUAAAUACAAUUUCAUUUCAGUCCCUGGUUCAAAAGGGGGAAAAACAGAACAAAAUGUUUCAUUUUUAUUCUCUCUCCCUCCAUUUCUCUCUCCAUAACUUUCCCUUUUCCCCAUAAAUGUUGUCAUAUGUGUUCUAUUUAUUGUAUUGUGUUUUUUGGGGGGUGGGGCUGGUUUAAUUUUUUUUAUUUUGUUAUUACUGUAGUGGUCACUAUUGUGGGAUCUGCUUUUUUGUUUAGUUUUUUUUUUUUCUUAUUCCAGUUUUUAGUCCAGCAGCGUCACAUGCAAAACAAUUUAACAUCCAAGAUACUGUACAUGAUCAUGACGGGAGUUGGUUCAAACCGUGAGUUUAUAGCUGCACAUGCUAGACAUCAAGUGGAACUUCUGUUUUCCAUUUAACUUCAAUGUGAAGGGAAUGUUACAAACCUCAGUUUAAUGGAGAGAAAAAAAAAAGAGAGGUUGUGGUGUUGGGAGGAAGUGUGUGUGUGUGUGUGUGUGUGUGUUGUGGUAGGAGAGGGGAAAAACAAAUGUGUCCAUGUGACAUCUCCUGUGUCUGACUGUUUUCCCUCUCUGAGUCGUACGAGUGUAACAGGUUUGAACUGUUGACCUUCAGUGUGUGUUUCACAGAUACUUUGUGAGUGUCUUGAACACAGCUGCAGGCCGUGUGUGUGUGUGUGUGUGAAUGGAUGUUAUUCUCUGUGUUUUCUUAAAUGAAGAGCUGACUAAAUGUGCUUUUUUUUGUCCAUCAUUAUUUUAUUUGUUUUGUUUCCAUAGUGAUCUGUCCCACUUAGUUUUUAAUUUGCUGUGACCCUGCUCUUUUAUCAUUGGGGGGGGGGGGGGUUCAUUGUUGGGAACAGAGGUUAGAUAAAGGAGAUGAUGAACAGUGAGGGAUGAAGGGAGAGAGACAGUUUUUGUUUGUUGGUAUAAAUAAUUAAACUCAUUAAUAAAGUGAUGAAACUGU